AUGAGUGAUUUGGAAGCUAGAGGGACUGAUCUUGGAGAGUCUUUGGCAGAAGGAGAUGCGAAAACAAUGGGGCAAGAUGCUAUUAAUGAUCAAAUUGGUAAAAAUUCAUUGUUUCCUUCUUUAACUCUUAAAAAGAGAGUUAUUGGAUUUGCUAUUUUAGCAUGUGUUGGAAUUAUUUGAGGACUGUUGAGUUCGUCAGUUCUUAUAACUUCACUCACCUCUGCUUUUAAAUUUGCAAUUCCGUUUACCAUAAGUACCAUAUGACUAGUGGUUUCAACUUUCUUCUUUGUUGGACCAAUGAGCCAGAUAAAAACUAUGUUUCAUAAAACAAGAUGGAUAACUUCGCUUGUUCUAUUGAUAGCAUUUGGAAUGACUCUAAUUUCAGGACUUUUUAUUCAAGAAGGCUGGAUGGUCUUGAUCUUUGUCGUCAUUGAGAUUGGCGCCUUUAUAUGGUACACACUCUCUUACAUUCCUUACGCUAGGACAACUAUUAUUAAUUUUGUCAAGCGUGGCUGUAAGAAGAGCUAAUUUGAUAAUAAGAAAACAAUAGGCAUUGUUUCA